AUGUCAACUGUGAUUAUCGGUGGCGGCAUUAUCGGAUCGUCGAUCGCCUAUUACUUAUCCAGCGAGUCAUCACCUCAUCGAGAUCAAGAAAUUCAUGUGAUCGAAUCAUCUUCGCAACUCUUUAGCGCUGCAUCGGGGUAUGCCGCUGGCUUUAUUGCUAAGGAUUGGUUUUCGUCAUCCGUAGCACCUCUGGGUGCUCUUUCAUUUGAUCUGCAUGGCAAAGUAGCAUCUGAGAAUGGUGGCGAGGAGAAAUGGGGUUAUAUGAAGAGCACAGCUCUUAGUCUGGAUGUGAGCGAUGUGUCUGCAGCACGUACCGGUGCGCGGGGAGGUGACUGGUUGAGGGAGGGUACCUCGAGAGCGGAGGCCGCUUCUCUAGGAGAAGCAGUCUCGAAUAUCUCGGAUGAGAUUCCGCUCUGGUUGACUAGACAAAAAGGUGGAACUAUCGACAAUAUUAGCCAUGGCGAGACGGCUGCCCAGGUGGACCCUUUAAGACUCUGCAAGUAUCUUAUGGAUACUUGCAUCUCUCGCGGUGUUCAGCUUCAUCAUCCCGCGGAGGCAACAUCUGUCAUCACAGACAGCGCCACGGGAAUGAUCACCGGCGUCAAGGUCAGAGACCUGAAGACUCAGAUCGAGUCUGUUGUUCCGUGCACAAAUCUCGUAAUUUCCGCCGGGCCUUGGACUCCAGCGGUCUUUAAAGGCCUCUUCCCAUCAUCAAAAGCCCGAGUCCGCAUCUCGCAGCUAGCGGGAUAUUCGCUGGUCUUGCGAUCUCCACGGCAUACAGAGAAGCUUGAGCGCGAGGCAUACAAAGGUAGAAGUCAUGCUGUUUUCACAACCCACCCUGCGUCAUGCGGGUUUUCUCCCGAAAUAUUCUCGAGGCGCGGUGCCGAGAUAUAUAUUGCCGGGUUGAAUAGCACGCAGAUCCCAUUGCCAAGCAAGGCGGAAGAAUCAAAAUCACUCAUCCAGAAAGAUAAAAUACAAGAACUGAAAGAUGUUUCUGUUCGACUAUUGGGAAAGUUGGCGGAAGGAAGUCUAGUGUCAUCCGACGAUGCUCCUAACACGGAUGACCUCGAAGUCCUCCGUGAAGGGCUGUGUUUCCGACCAGUGACAAAUAGAGGAUCACCCAUUAUUUCUCGAGUCGGCGACGAAUUACUGGGUACAGGUAUCAAAACAGGGUCCCUGGAGGGUUCAAGCGAAGGUAGGAAGAAAGGCGGUGUCUUCAUUGCCGCGGGCCAUGGACCGUGGGGAAUCUCGCUUUCGCUGGGAACUGGGAAAGUUGUUGCAGAGAUGGUGGACGGAGUAAAGACUUCAGCGGAUAUUAGCGGAUUGGUCCUUUGA